AAUUCGACAAAACCCAACAAUGCCCUGACGCAGAAAUCGGCGAGAUUGUCACGGCAAUGUGGUAGGAAGCUUGUCGCGGGGACCCUCCGAUGUGUUUUCAAUGAAGCUUCGGAUGUGGUCACGUAACCGUGACGAGACGGCGCAGAAUGGCCAUGGCGCGUGUGGGGGCGGGGAGCGAGGGCUCCUCGCCACGACUCCACGCCACCUGGAUAGGAAUUCGGUCCAGCGCAUGCAGAAGCCUGAUCAAUCUCCUUCCUGCUCCCUGCAGCAACACGCCGAAACUUGAUUUAGGAAGCAGCGAUUGAGUAUCAUUCUCGGAAGGAGGGGGGGAGCGAGAGAGAGAAUGGGAUGAGAUCAGUUGGAUGUUGCGAGUGAACGAGGCUCGCUGAUGACAUAUGGGUCCUGAGAAAAUCGACUGCAGAUGAUGGUUUUGUAACACAUGGGAACUUGACUUAGUUUCUCGUGAUCAUCGGAUUAACCUUCGGCUUGUGGGUUGACGAGUAGGUUUUUUGGGUUGAUGGGAGAUGAGCUCAGGACUUGAGUUUGCAAGAACGUUGCGGUUUGUGUGAAGAUUGCGUAGUGGGGGAGGGGGGCGAGGGAGGUGGGGAAGAAUCGAGGAGCUAGAAGAAGGCGAGGUUGGGUGUGUGUUGGGGGCGUUGAGCUGAAGGAAGGAGGUGCAAGUUCAGCUGAGAGAGAGUGAGAUGGGAUUGCCUGUGGAGGAGGAAGGCGAUUUGAGGAAGAAAGGGAAGAGUAGAGGCGACAACAUUGGUUUUAACGAUGGGGAUAGCACGGGAUUAGUGCGCACCGCGAGCGAAAUCCAGGCGCGGAAAGUGUUGAGUGAUGUGGAUCCAUGGACGGCGUGGUUGUAUAAACCCCACACUAUUAUCACUACUCUCGUCGGAGCGGGCCUUCUUGUGUGGGCAAGCGGUGCUUUGCAAGGGGAGGAGCAUGAUCUGGACCCCGCCACGAACACAAAACGGGGUGUUUGGGCAGUAAUCGCAGUUUUUAUGGGAUAUUGUUUGCUACAAGCACCCCCAACGAUUUUGGUACGACCUCAUCCAGCAUUUUGGCGCUUCAUACACGGAAUGGCAGUGGUUUAUCUUGUGUUCCUCACGUUCCUCUUGUUCCAGAAUCGUGAUGAUGCUCGGCAAUUUUUGAAGUAUUUGCAUCCGGAUCUUGGCGUCCAGCUGAAGGAGAGAUCAUACGGUACCGACUGUCGAAUUUAUACUCCAGAAAAACCGAACAAAUUUUCUAAUGUUUAUGAUACCUUAUUUGAUGAGUAUGUAGUAGCUCACACCAUAGGAUGGUGGUGCAAAGCCAUAAUGAUUCGAAAUCAGCCGUUUCUAUGGGCGCUCUCUAUUGCUUUCGAGUUUUGUGAGAGAAGUCUUAUUCAUAUGCUCCCAAAUUUCAACGAAUGCUGGUGGGAUAGCUUUGUCCUAGACGUAUUAAUUUGCAAUUGGUUUGGGAUAUGGGCUGGGAUGAAAACAGUCAAAUAUUUCGAUGGAAAGGAGUACAACUGGGUUGGGGUGAGUCAGCAGAAGUCAUUCUAUGGUAAGGUGCGGAGGACACUAGGGCAGUUCACACCAUCCUACUGGGACAAGGAUGAGUGGAAUGCACUACAAGGUCCAUGGCGGUUCCUUGAAGUUCUUGCGCUGGGAGUAGUAAUUCUGACUGUUGAGGUCAUGGGAUUUUUCCUUAAGUUCGUUCUGUGGAUCCCACCACUGAACCCUCUCAAUUCUUAUCGCCUCGCCAUAUGGUGGCUCAUCGCAAACCCUGCCAUUCGAGAGUACAACAUGUUCUUACAAUCAAGUGAUAUGAAUAAGAAGCUUGGUGCAUUCUGUUGGAUGGGUCUUUCCAUAGCUAUUAUGGAAAUUCUUAUUUGCGUGAAAUUCGGACGAGGUCUCUUCCCUGCUCCUGUUCCAAAACAGGUGAUCUUGUUUUGGUCAGUUAACAUCGUCGGCCUUGUCAUAUUUCUGUGCGGCUGGACGUACAAAAACUACAAGGAGAAUAAACGGGCUGGGAAUAAGAAAUCGAAAACGGAACAGUCCACCAAGAAGUUGUCAUAGAUUGAAGCUGUACAUUUGCUGUAGUAUUACCAUGGAAUGCAUGAAACCUGCAUAUUGCCAAAUCUCCAGAUGUGCCAUUCCGAUGGUAGCUCUAUGUGUCUGCUUUAGAUCUACUCAAACCGCCUGUUGUACAGUUUUUGUGGCGGAUAUCUCUCAUUUCAAGAUGUGUAAUGUACACUUGCCUUCGUUUACGGCACUUCAAUGGAGGCGAUUUCGUUGAUGAGUUGCUGCCUUGCA